AUGUAAAAUGAGAAUUUAUAAUUCUUUUUUUUGUCUAAUCAAAAAAGAAAUUAUGUAUUCGAAGGUGAAAAAUUGGUUGAUAAGACUUAAUAUAAGUUGAUUAAUGAAAAUCUAUUUGAUAAAUAAUUUAAAACUUUGAUUCAUAAAAUGAAUAUUGUUAAUAAAGAAUUAUCUGAAGAAUUUAUUGCUGUAUUACAAGAGAUUUUAAUUUAAUAUUCUACUUUAACUAUUUAAGAAGAGGAUUCAAAAUCUGUUAUAGAUAAAAUUAUUCUACACAUUUAAAAUCCAGAAAAUAAAGAAAAAUUUAAAUAUGUAUUAAAUUGGUAAAAAUUAAAAAACAUAACAAAAGAAACUCGUAUGAAAAGAGCAUUUGAAGAUUUAGAAGAAAAACGCAAUGAAAUUAAUAAAAAAACAUCUGACAAAGUAAAAAGAAAACAUUAAGAAUUUAUUGAUAGUCAGAAAAGAGAAUUAGAUGAAGAAAAUAGUUUAGAACCACUUUUAUAUUUAAUAACAAAGCUAGUUGAAGCAUUUUGUAAAAUAAUGGGAAGAUGA